AGCGACGGCCCGGCCAUGGCCCCGCAGCAGCCCAGCGCCGGGCAGUACCUGCGCUCCGACAGCGGCGGCUCGGCCACCCGCAUGCUGGGGGACGGUCCGGGCACCGAUCCCGGGGAGUUGCGGGAGAGGCGGCGGCGAUGCGGGCCGCUCUGGGGCAGCGUGGCCGUCAUGGCCAUCCUCGCCCUGCAGAUCGCCUCCACCACCGGGCUCUUUGUCUACUUCACCAUGGCCAUCUCCAAGCUCAAAGCUCAGUCGCAGGGCAGCUCGGAGGAACUGAGGUGUCUGCAGCUUAUCAAUCAGCAGCAGGAAGGCUCCAACUUGGAAGAGCUGAUCAGCAACCAGUCUUGCCUCAAGCUGGCCAACACCAUCAAAGCCUACGUGGCCACGGUGACAGAGAACGCUAUCAGCAGAAGCGUGGUGAAUGAGGCCCAGAGGAGCUACUUCAACAGCUCAGAGGGACAGGUUGCUACCAAAACACUCGGCAAACCCUCAGCACAUCUCACCCUCCGCCCACAGAGCCCGGCCCAGGAUGGAAGCUCCAGAUGCUUUGGGAACCUCUCGCAGUCCUGCCGCCACGCCAUCACUCGCUGGGAGGACAGCACCAUCCACUCACACCUGCAGAACAUCACGUACCGGGACGGCCGGCUGCGGGUCAACCAGGCAGGCAAAUACUACGUCUACUCCCAGAUCUACUUCCGCUACUCCCGCGAUGGGGCCGGCGCCCGUGUCUCAGUGCCGCAGCUCGUGCAGUGCAUCAACUGGAAGACCUCCCACAGCCAGCCCAUCCUUCUGCUCAAAGGGGUGGGCACCAAAUGCUGGGCACCCGAGGCAGAAUACGGCCUCCACGCUCUCUACCAGGGGGGACUGUUUGAGCUCAAGGCCGGUGAUGAGCUCUUCGUCUCCGUCUCCUCACUGGCCAUUGACUACAACGAUGCAGCAGCCAGCUAUUUUGGGGCCUUCCGGCUCGACCUGUGACAGCCUCCUUAUCCUCACACCUUCCCUCUGCUCUUGCUGGAUUGACUCUUCUGCAUGGCCUAGGGCAGAAGCAAUUUGAGCUGCUGUU